UUGUUCCACCCCUGGAAAAAGUUAUCAGUCGACUCAUGAACUGCGGUAAAAAUAAUAAUAAGAAUAAUAAGAAUAAAGGAGGACGUUCGUUACGAGCGAAUCUCCUUUGACGUUUCCUGGUCAACGACUGACGCGUUCACAGCGCACAAUCGGCGACACCAUAGACCUGCGCCGAUAAGAAGUAGGAAGGGGCACACGCAGCCGGGCCAUUGCAUAAUACAGUCAGCAGCGACACAGCACGGAUACUCCGAAAUGAAGAAAAUACGCCUGUGAGCCCGAAACGACGGUUUGCACGAGUGCCAGAACUGUGAGGAUCAUGCAAGAACACCCGUACUGGCGCUCAACCAUCGCGAUAACGUGCAGUUUCGUGGUCAUCCUCGCGGCUGCUGUUUGGACUAUAAGGAAAACUUCCCAUGAAAAACGGAAACGGUCUCGAACAAAUGAUUCAAAAGAGCCAGACAAAGUGAACGCGAAUGUCAAUAGCGAGAGCAACAUAAAUAACAAGAACGAAAUAACUUGCAAAGAAGAUGUAAAUGUGGAGGAAAAUGAGGAAAGAAACGACGAACAAUCUCCGAACGAUAAGGAAUAUCCGAACGAUGAGGAACGUCCAAACGAUAAGGAAUAUUCGAACGAUGAGGAACGUCCAAACGACGAGGAAUGUCCAAAAGACGAUACGAUUGCCGAAUUACCAGAUCCAAAAUGGGAGAAGGUUGGCCAGAUUCAAGAACUAUAUAUGUAUCCAUUGAAGUCUGGACGUGGAAAGAAUGUAAGGGAAUGUGACUUCACCGAAUAUGGAAUGAAAUUGGACGAUGCAGGAAAGUUCACCCUCAGAGACAGAAUGUUUCUAGUGUACAACGAGGAAACUGGACGCUUCCAAACCGGAAGACAAUACCCAACCUUGAUCCUAGUGAGUUUAUCGACGGUGGAUGAGAACAAGGUGAAGUUGGAGGCCGUAGGGAUGCCCAGUGUGAUCUUCGAGGUUCCAAAGAACUUGAAGAACCCGUCUGAAGCCGUACAGUGCAAAAUGUGGUGGGGAGAGCCGGUGAAUUGUAUCGAUUGUGGCACGGAACCCAGCGAAUGGCUAUCGAGAUUUCUGACUGGAACGACUUCUGGUCUUCGAUUGGGGUACACGAUGAUGGAUAGAAGAAACGUUUUCGUCGAUCCGUGGAAAAAAUUCACUCAAGUAUACCGGACACUUAGAAGCGAAGAUACCGGGCUGUUCAGUGACCUGGCCAGUUAUUUGUUAAUGACCACAAGCUCCGUUGAACAACUGAACGAGAAAUUAGAGACUCCAGUGUCUACUCUACAAUUCCGUCCAAAUAUCUUGGUCUCCACGCAACAACCAUUCGAGGAAGAUGAAUGGGAAUGGAUUAAAAUUGGUGAACGUGUCGUGAUUAGGAACGUCAAACCGUGCUCACGGUGCAAACUAGUGGGCGUGAAUCCAGAAAACGGUGUGAUGGACAAGGAGGAGCCGUUGAAAACCUUGAAAUCUUUCAGGGAGCCAACUGACCCAGAACGAAUCUCGCUGGAGGGCAAGGCGCCAGUUAUGGGGAUAUAUUGUGGACUGUACGUUACUGGAAGAGUGAAGAUCGGCGACGAAGUGUUCAUUCAUCGAUCCAAUGAUUCGUCGGUAGAAUUGAAUCAUCGGGAAGCAGAAAAUCCUAGAUAGAUAAGAAAUAUAUUGAAAACUAACUCGCUUUCUAUGGCCUUUCCAUUUCAAAAUAGAUAAAGUUCGUGCGUUAAAAAGGAUACCGAUAUAUGUACGUUCAUGUUCGAUGAACAAUUAUGGAAUAUAAUAUUUUCAGGCGAACGAUUCAAUCGAGUAAUUCCUAGAAGAUUCGAAAGACUUCAAGACAAUAUAAAUGCGCCAUUUGUACAAUCGAUUCUUGUCAAUUCAAAGCUAUGUAAUUGUUAUACAUUGUAUAUGUAUGUUAGGUGUCCUAAAAUAAGUGGCACUGGUUUGCAUCGGUGUUUCUCAAUUCAUGUAUUUUAGGACACUUCAGAGAUAAUGUUUAAAAAUCGUUAUGCCAAAUAAAGUUUCGAUUGUUAUACAAA